AUGGACCCACAGAACCAGGAAAAGUUCGCCAUCCACGAGGCAUGCCGUGAGGGCAGAACCCAGGCGAACCCUCGGCUCGCGACCCGCAGAGACGAUGACGACCGCUUGCCGCUCCACUGGGCCGUAGCCUACAACCGCGUGCCCAUUGUCUCUGUACUUGUCCAGUCCAAAGGCUUCGAUGUCGAUGCGCAGGACGGGUCCGGCUGGACGCCGCUCAUGAUGGCGGCGAGCCUGAAGGAGUCUGACGAGCUCGUAGACCUACUCCUGUCGCGAGGCGCAGACGUCAACAUGAAGACUACCGACACCGUCCACCACCAGACCGCCCUUCACUUUACUGCCUCGAAGAACAAUCUCGACAUCGCUCGCAAGCUUAUCGCGCACAAAGCGACCGCUCGCGUAAAAGACAAGCGCGGGCAGUUGCCCACGCACCGCGCCGCGGCCGUGGGCUCCGUACCCAUGCUCAAGCUGCUGCUCGAGGCCAACAGCCCCAUCAACGCGUCGGAUAUGGACGGCAUGACAGCAUUGCACCAUGCGAUAGCAGAAGGCUUCGGUGACGCGGCGUUGAUGCUGAUGAAAGCCGGCGCCGAGCUUGACAAGCGCGACAACGACGGUCAGCUAGCCAUCGACCACGCGCCAGACGCAAAGAUCAAAAACUAUAUCCUGCAGACGGCGGAAAUUGAGGGCAUCGAGCUGCCGUAG